AUUAAACCCACCCAACGACAAGGACAACGAAAAAAAAAAAAGCCAACACCCGGCCGUCUCCCCCACGCCCCGCCAUCAACACCCCGUCAACAACAAGAACAAACUCAGCAAACUGACGACAAUAUGGCUACCGAAUUGACAGUCCAGUCUGAGCGCGCGUUUCAGAAGCAGCCCCAUAUCUUCCUUGCUAGUAAGACCCGCCCAGCAAAGAGGAGAGUGGGAAAAGGUGGGAGAAGAUGGUAUAAGGAUGUUGGAUUGGGGUUCAAGACCCCCAAGACUGCUAUCGAGGGAACAUAUAUUGACAAGAAAUGCCCCUUCACCGGCCUCGUAUCCAUUCGUGGUCGUAUCCUUACUGGAACUGUUAUCUCAACAAAGAUGCACAGAACCCUCGUCAUUCGCCGUGAUUACCUGCACUACAUCCCUAAGUACCAACGUUACGAGAAGCGCCAUAAGAACAUCUCGGCACACGUUUCCCCAGCUUUCCGUGUCGAGGAGGGUGAUCAGGUUACCGUCGGUCAAUGCAGGCCCUUGUCGAAAACUGUUCGCUUCAACGUCCUCCGCGUCCUCCCUCGCACUGGCAAGGGCGUGAAGGCUUUCCAGAAAUUCUAAACAAACAAUAAAAACGGGGCCUUUUCUUUUUUUCUUGUUAUUUGCUCUUUAUUUUUUUUCUGCAGGGAUACGGUAAUACAAUGUCGGCAUGCGGCUAAUGAUAUGGGCUACCAUGAAGGGUGAUUGUAUUUCUGUGUUACAAAAACAAAAAUGUGAAUGAGCUUCAAAAAAA